GCUUGACUCGGCGGAAUCAACCACCAAAACCAGAAUGAACGGAGACAACAACCACUGCGCAAUCACGGUGGCUGCGGAGCCGCCGGCUCUUCUGAAGUCCUCGGCCGGCACCUGUUCUUGCUACAUCUUCAGAGUUCCCAAGAGCCUGUCGGAGAGCAACGCCAAUGCUUACAAGCCCCGGGUUGUGUCCGUUGGCCCGUACCACCAUGGGCAAGAGCAGUUGAAGCUGAUCGAGCAGCACAAACCUCGAGUGUUCGACACACUGCUCAUUCGGACCGGAGGCUGCAUGGACAAUUACUUCAAUGCUGUCGCCUCGCGGGAGACCCACAUACGGGAUAGCUACUCAGAGGCCCUCGAUUGUAAUACCUCGGAUUUGAUCAAGAUGAUGAUUCUCGAUGCUUGUUUCGUCGUCGAGUUCUUCUGCGUCAGUGCCGGGGUAAUUCCAUUAGAUGACGACCCCUUGUUCUCCAUGCCAUGGAUUGUAUCGUUCCUCAUGCUCGACGUCCUCAUGAUUGAAAACCAGAUCCCAAUUUUCGUUCUUCGUGAGAUCUACGAAUUAUCCAAGUCUCCUUCUGAUGCCGACCGCUCCCUUGAUGUCAUCGCCUUAGGGUUCUUCAACAGCGUACUCCAAUGGCCGAAGGAAGAUCUCCAGAGGUACUCCGGAGUCUGCAAUAUCACGCACUUACUCGACUUGUUCCGACUGUGCUUAGUCGGCGAAUUGGCGCCCGAAAAUCCCCCAAUGGUCGAUAAAGAGUUGCUGCAACUGAUGCCCUCCGCAAAUCAGCUGCUUCAAGUGGGAAUAAAGUUUAAACGGAGGAAGAGCAAGAACCUAAUAAGCGUCGAGUUCGAUCACGGAGUGCUCCAGAUCCCUCCUUUGACUCUCGACCGUUUCACCAGCUCCUUCUUCCUCAACUGCGUGGCCUAUGAGCAGUCCUACCAUUACUGCUCCAAGCACAUCUCCAGUUACGCGGUCCUCAUGAGAUGUCUCAUGAGCACGGCGGCGGAUGCAGCGGUCCUGUCUCAGUGCGGCAUAAUCACGAACUUUCUAGGGACCGACGAGGAGGUCGCGAGGUUCUUUAAUGAUCUCGUUAAGGAUGUCCUAUUCGAUAUCAAGUCAAGCUACUUGGCCGAGUUAUUCGGGCAAGUCACCCAGUACCGUCCGAACAAGUGGCGCGUGUGGUGGCCGGGAAUCAAGCGCAAGUACUUCGGCAGCCCCUGGUCCUUCAUUUCGGCUGCCGCUGCUUUCACUCUCCUAGUUCUUACUAUUUUCCAGGCCGCCUUCGCCGUUUACGCUCAUUAUCAUCCCAAGAAGUGACCAAGCUCUGCGACACAGCUUCAGAGAGAGACAUGAGGUUGAUGUACCAUCAAUGUAAUUUGGAGAAAUCAGACCAGUGAAAUUUGUGCUUCAUUUCUGGGUUUUGCUUUGGCUACUGUAUUCUUAAUUCGUUUUAGAUUGCUUAAACUUAAUUACAUCUUCAUCACCGCAGUUAGAUUAG